AUGAAGGCCCCCGCAGGACUCUUCUCUGCCUUGGUACUGCUCCUUUUGAUAACAGCGACGCUAGGCCAGAGGACGCGGCCGAGAAAGCCCACCAGGCGCCCGGCCGUUCCGAGGCAGCCCCCCGCCCCUCGGGCCGAGCCGCAGGAACCGACGGACGUCCCGCCGCUCAUCCUCGGCCCGCCUUCCCCUUACCCCGACUGCCCCAGGGAGUGUUCGUGCUCUCCAAGUUAUCCCAACUCUUUGAACUGCGAAAACCGAAAUAUCCGUACCGUCCCGGUCAUCCCUUCCAGAACCCACUAUCUGUACCUUCAAAACAACUACAUCACAGAGGUGACGGCAGAACCUUUUAGGAACGCCUCAGAAGUUCGCUGGAUCAACUUGGCAAACAAUCGCAUCCAUCGAAUAGACAAACAGGUGUUCCAGAAGAUCCCCGCUCUCUUGUAUCUCUACGUUCAACGUAACCAGCUGAAAGAGGUGCCCUCUGGCCUCCCGGCAAGUUUGGAACAGCUCCGCCUGAGUAAGAAUCGAAUUUCCAAGAUACCCGCGGGUGCCCUCGGUAAGAUGGGAAACCUGACCCUUCUUGACCUCUACCACAACCAGCUGAGUGACGGUGACCUGGGCAAAAACACCUUCAAGGAUUUGUCUAACCUGAUGCAGCUGAACUUGGCCCACAAUGUGCUCAGGAAGAUGCCCGCCGGUGUCCCUAACAGCCUCAUACAGUUAUUCCUUGACAAAAAUCGCAUCGAAGACAUCCCAAAAGACUACUUUCAAGGCUUCUCUCACCUGGCCUUCGUGAGGCUUAACUACAACCAACUGAGUGACAAAGGCGUCCCCAGAGCCGUGUUCAACAUCUCCACCCUGCUGGAUUUGCAGCUCGCUCACAACCAACUGGCCUCCAUUCCUCUCUUCAGCGCUCACCUGGAACACCUCCACCUCAAUCACAACACUAUCGAGAAUAUCAACGGCACGCUGAUCUGCCCGCGUAGCCUGCAGGAAGACAUGAGCGACCCCAGCCAGAUUCCUAGACUAAGGUACCUGCGUUUGGAUGGAAAUCAACUCAGCCCCCCCAUACCGCUGGAUGUCAUCAUGUGCUUCAGACAUCUUCACUCCAUCGUGAUUUAG